AUGAUUGUGUUGUGCCAAAUUAGAUCACCCGUGAAACGUGAAGCAUUUGUUAAGAAGCGCCUGGAAGACAUCCUCAACAAUACCAGGGCUGAAAGAUGGCAUCACGUUCCUACCACACACAAUCCAGCGGACUUGAUUUCAAGGGGAGUCACGGCAGAACAGUUAGAUGAAUCCUCCCUCUGGUGGAAGGGGCCGGACUGGCUCUCAAAACCCAUCGAGUACUGGCCAACAGAACCUGAAGGUCACCAAGAAGGAUGCCUACUCGCAACCACGGCUCAAUGGCCCGACAUACGUACUCAGCAAUCUGGACCGUUACUUCCCGAAGAAAUUCAGAGGGCAGAAAUUGUACUGGUGAGGCUGGAGCAACAGGAGUUGCUCGUUGAUGACAUCAAAACAUUAUCUGGCCCAAAGAAGACACCAGUGAGCAAACAGCUACGUCAUCUUCAAGUCUUUUUGGAUGACGAUAAGGUUAUGCGUGUGAAAGGGCGGUUGGAAAAUGCGAAUGUGGAUGAAAAUACCAAGCAGCCCAUGAUCCUCCCCAGUGGACCGCUGGCCAAGAUGAUUCUACAUCAUGAGCAUUACCGUUUACUGCACGCAGGCCCUACCCUUAUCAUGACAGAGAUUAGACGCAAAUUCUGGCCUAUUUUUGGAAGACGUUUACCACGAGAUGUCUAUUGGAGAUGUGUCAUCUGCAACAAAGCCAAAUCUCGACCUUGUAAACAGCUGAUGGGCCAAUUACCGACACCUCGUGUCACCCUGACUCGACCAUUUGCCUCCACCGGAGUGGACUUUGCGGGGCCCGUGCUUGUCAAGGCAAGUAAACUUCGAAAAGCACCCGUUCAGAAGACCUAUCUGGCAGUAUUCAUCUGUAUGGCAGUGAAGGCCGUGCACAUUGAGGUUGUGGGCGACCUCACCACCGAGGCUUUCUUGGCUUCACUCCGCCGAUUUUCUGCCAGAAGAGGAACACCCAAUCAUGUCUACUCCGACAACGGGACAAACUUCGUCGGGGCUGCCCACUACCUGGGGAAAUUUCUUGCAAAUCCAGCCAACCAGAAUGCCCUCAUUGAUGCCACCUCCGGAAACUCAAUCACUUGGCACUUCAUCCCACCUCGCUCUCCGCAUUGGGGUGGGCUCUGGGAAGCUGCAGUGAAGACGCUGAAGUAUCACCUGAAUCACGUCAUGGGCACAACCGUGCUAACCUAUGAAGAGUUGACGACUGUUACCACGCAGAUUGAAGGAGUUGCAAUAUACCCAAGUCAUCAAUGUUCUAUUGGUACACUUUGGUGUCAUGAGUCAAUGAUCUAUCUAUUGGUAAACUUAGUGAUGUAA